AUGGUAGGGUCACCUCAAAGUCAUUGGAAUAAGGAUCUGAAAAACUAUGAUAAUGCAGAAGUAUUUAACAAUUCUAUGGCCUGGGCGGGUCUAUGGUUUAUCAUGGGACUGGUCCAGGGCUGUGGAUGGCCAGCUUGUGCAAAACUACUGAGAGAAUGGUGCUCAAAGGCUGAGUUUGGAACAUGGUGGUCAACAAUCUCAACUUCUAUGAAUGUAGCAGGUGGAGUAUGGCCAUUUGCUGCAACAUAUCUUACAAUAAACUACAACUGGGCCACUAGCAUGUAUAUUCCAGGUAUUUUAUCACUAUGCUUUACUGGGGUGUGUUUGUUACUUAUAAAAAAUAGACCUCAAGAUGUUGGAUUGGAACCACCAGAUGGUGAGGAAGAAAAACCUAAAAAUAAAGCUGACCAACCUAGUGAUGAGAGCACCACCUAUAGUUGGACCUCUAUACUAACCUCACCAUUCAUCUGGUUGUUGUGCAUCAAUUACUCAAUAAUAAUGAUGGUCAGGAAUAGCAUCAUGGACUGGGGCCAGUUGUAUUUAAUAGAAGAGCUGAACUUCUCGCGGUAUAUAGCAAGUAGCUUUACAAGCUGUCUCGAGACAGGUGGACUCAUUGGUUCACUUCUUGCUGGGCUCCUUGCAGACAAACUUGUAAAAGCUUCUGCUGGUAAAGAUAUUGUGUACAGUCCCAGGAUGUUGGUGGUUCUUGUUGAGGUGGCUGCAACUACUAUAGGAUUAUACUGUCUAGUAUUUAUAAUCGAUGCAAAUUCUUCUCAGGUAGCAAUUGGAGCAGUGGGUGUUUUACUAGGUGUAUGCCUGUAUGGUCUUAUAUCUCUCUAUGGUGUCAUGGCUGUAGAAUCUGUCCCUACAGCUAUCAGUGGGAGAUCACAUGCUGUAGUUGCCCUGGCAGCAAACGUCGGUGGAGUGUGUGCUGGUUUACCUCUCUCUUACAUUGCCAAGCUGUACAGCUGGGGUGGAGCCUUUUCUUUAUUGCAACUUUGUGUAGCUGCAGUUACUGUUCUGAACCUGCUCACUUUCAGAAUCAACUGUAGAGUGCAGCCAUCUAGUGCACAUAUCAAGGAAGACUAAGUUAGGAAUACUCAGUCAGUACAAGCUCACUAUUAUGCGCUGGAGAGUGGAGAUGGUGACAAUCUUGUUAUUAACUUUUACUCUUUAGAGCUUCACCAAGAAACUGGGGAAUAUUUUUGUCCCUAUAAUCUUGACAUUGCAUGGAGCUCCAGAUGUGGGCAGAAGUUCUAGCUCUUAGGAUGUUUUCAACAUUUCCUCAGGCCAAGAGUUGAUGCUUUUAAUAGGGCACUCUUGGAAAAAAUAUGAACCCACCUUUUCUUUGAAAGAGCAGGAACACUCCCAGAGUGCAUUGGGACACAAGAGGAAUACCUCCAUCUAUUAAGCAGUUAAGUUACUAUGAAGAUUGAACAAAUAUAUAGGUGCAAUGGUGCAUACA